AGGCUCCCGGCACGAAUGCCUGUCUUCCACCGUCUGAGGGCUGGCCUGGAGCAGGGGUGGUUCGGCUGCGGGUGGCCCCUGGGUGGGGGUUCCCGCGAGACAGGAUCCUCCCUAAAAGCCAGUCCCGCUGUCAGGGUGACCCGACAGACAAUGAGUCGGGCCGCUCCUGGCGAGCUGAGAGCUCCCCAUCCCAGGGGGAGGGGCGGCGGGGGGAGCUCAGAGCAGACUGGGGAGCGCUGGGCAGCGCCGCCUGGGGGUGCCGGGGGUCUCUGGGCUUUCAGCUGCAGGAGUGGUCAGGGUUUCCAGGAGCCCUGCUCGGUUGGCCUGCAAGUGCCUUCAGACCCAGGGAUUGGGAGCCCCGCCAGACCACAGGACAGGCGCCCAGCAUCCCGGAACGUGCUGGCCAAAGCCCUCUACGACAAUGUGGCUGAGUCCCCAGAUGAGCUUUCCUUCCGCAAAGGUGACAUCAUGACGGUGCUGGAGCGGGACACACAGGGCCUGGAUGGCUGGUGGCUGUGCUCUCUGCACGGGCGCCAAGGCAUCGUGCCUGGGAAUCGCCUCAAGAUCCUGGUGGGCAUGCACAACAAGAAGCCAGCAGGGCCCGGCCCCGGCCCGCCAGCCACCUCAGCCCAACCCCAGCCUGGCCUCCAUGCCCCAGCUGCCCAGUACACGCCCAUGCUGCCUGCUGCAUACCAACCCCAGCCCGACAGUGUCUACCUGGUGCCCAACCCCAGCAAGACUCAGCAAGCCCUCUACCAAGCUCCUGGGCCCAGUCCACAGUUCCAGUCUCCCCCUGCUAAGCAGACGACCACAUUCUCCAAUAAGAUGCCCCAUCACCCAUUUCCCAGCCCUGCCCCAGACCUAUACCAGGUGCCUCCAGGGCCAGGCAGCCCCACCCAGGACAUUUACCAGGUGCCACCUUCUGCUGGGAUAGGGCACGACAUCUACCAGGUCCCACCAUCCAUGGAUGCGCGCAGCUGGGAGGGGACGAAGCCACCUGCAAAGGUGGUGGUGCCCACCCGCGUGGGGCAGGGUUAUGUGUUCGAGGUCCCCCAGCCAGAGCAGGACGAGUACGAUAUCCCACGCCACCUGCUGGUCCCAGGGUCCCAGGACAUCUACGAUGUGCCCCCUGUUCGGGGGCUGCUUCCCAGCCAGUAUGGCCAGGAGGUAUACGACACCCCCCCCAUGGCAGUUAAGGGUCCCAAUGGCCAGGACCCAUUGCUGGACGUGUAUGAUGUGCCCCCCAGUGUGGAGAAGGGCCUGCCGCCAUCCAGCCACCAUGCCGUAUACGACAUUCCUCCAUCGGUGAGUAAGGAUGUGCCUGACGGUCCACUGCUGCGAGAGGAGACCUAUGAUGUGCCGCCCGCCUUCGCCAAGGCCAAGCCAUUUGACCCAACCCGCCACCCACUGGUCCUUGCCACACCUACCCCAGGCUCGCUGCCAGCUGAGGAUGUAUACGACGUGCCACCCCCUGCCCCUGACCUCUAUGACGUGCCCCCUGGCUUGCGGCGGCCUGGCCCCGGCACCCUCUACGACGUGCCCCGCGAGCAAGUUCUUGCCCCCGAGGCGGCCGACAGCAACGGAGCUAACGACAGUGUGUACGCGGUGCCCCCCCCUGCUGAGCGCGAGGCCCCCUCCGACGCCAAGCGCUUGUCAGCCUCCAGCACAGGCAGCUCACGCAGUAGCCAGUCGGCCUCGUCCCUGGAGGCGGCAGUGCCAGGCCGUGAGCCCUUGGAGCUGGACGUGGCCGUGGAGGCCCUGGCACGGCUGCAGCAGGCUGUGAGUGCCACCGUAGCCCAACUGCUGGACCUGGCAGGCAGUGCCAGUGGGUGUGGAGGCUGGCGCAGCGCCCCCGAGCCUCAGGAGCCCCCAGAACAGGACCUGUGGGCUGCUGUCGUCGCUGUCCAGGGGACCGUCCACGAGCUGCUGGAGUUUGCCCGUGGCGCUGUGGGCAACGCUGCCCAUACUUCUGACCGCACGCUGCAUGCCAAGCUUAGCCGGCAACUGCAGAAGAUGGAGGACGUGUACCAGACACUGGUGGCCCAUGGUCAGGCCCUCGACAAUGGCCGGGGAGGCCCAGGGGCCACUCCUGAAGACCUGGACCGCCUGGUGGCCUGCUCACGGGCUGUGCCUGAGGAUGCCAAGCAGCUGGCCUCCUUUCUGCAUGGCAAUGCCUCGCUGCUCUUCAGACGGACCAAGGCCCCUGUCCCAGGGCCUGAGGGGGGAGGCUCCCUGCACCCCAACCCUACUGACAAGGCCAGCAGCAUCCAGUCCCGGCCUCUGCCCUCACCCCCCAAGUUCACCUCCCAGGACUCUCCAGAUGGGCAGUACGAGAGCAGCGAAGGAGGCUGGAUGGAGGACUACGACUAUGUCCACCUCCAGGGGAAGGAAGAGUUUGAGAAGACCCAGAAGGAACUGCUGGAAAAGGGCAGCAUCAUGCGGCAGGGGAAGGGCCAUCUGGAGCUGCAGCAGCUGAAGCAGUUUGAACGACUGGAGCAGGAGGUGUCACGGCCCAUAGACCACGACCUGGCCAGCUGGACACCAGCCCAGCCCCUGGCCCCAGGGCGGACAGGUGGCCUGGGGCCCUCAGACCGGCAGCUGCUGCUCUUCUACCUGGAGCAGUGCGAAGCGAACCUGACCACGCUGACCAACGCGGUGGACGCCUUCUUCACAGCCGUGGCCACCAACCAGCCACCCAAGAUCUUCGUGGCACACAGCAAGUUUGUCAUCCUCAGCGCCCACAAGCUGGUGUUCAUCGGGGACACGCUGUCGCGGCAGGCCAAGGCGGCCGACGUACGCAGCCAGGUGACCCACUACAGCAAUUUGCUGUGUGAGCUUCUGCGUGGCAUCGUGGCCACCACCAAGGCUGCAGCCCUGCAGUACCCGUCGCCCACUGCUGCCCAGGACAUGGUAGACAGGGUCAAGGAGCUGGGCCACAGCACCCAGCAGUUCCGCCGGGUCCUGGGCCAGCUGGCAGCCGCCUGAGAGCAGACGACCAGAGGGACGGGGGCAGGGGAGGAGGGGGCACCCACCCCGAGAACUCUGCCUGGGCCUGGUGCCCCAGACUGUCCGGAGCUUUGUACAUAUUUAGGACAGGGCAGGGUGUGGGAUGGUGCUCCUCAGAGGAGCCCGAGCAGAGCUGGGCCCCGGGAUCUGAGGCCGAGGAGAGGGCUGGUGGUGUUCCCUGAGUGCAUUGCAGGUCCUGGGAGGGUCUCCACACGGGCUGGGCCAGGGGCAGGUAGGCCCCUGACCACAUGGCCUCAGGUGACCCCUCGGACCGACCCCCCUCGUGAGGGUGCAGUGCUCCCCAGCAGGGCAAGUGUAGCUGUACCAGGAGAAAACUCUAAAAAACUAUUUUUCAUUAUUGAUUUUCCAAUCAUUUGACUAAUAGUCUACAUUUAAAUAAAAUUUGACAACUGAAAAGCAGCCUCCUGCAGUGUGAGAGGCUGGAGGGCCCACGGUGGGAGGCAGGGUGGCCUGGCGCCCGGAGGCCCAGGGCAGUGGCGGCGGAGGGAGGGCGUGCACAGUGGGGCUGCAGGUGGCCUCUCAGGAGGGUGGAGAUAAAGCUGGUCCCUUCAGAAGAAAACAGGGCCAGGCCGGGGAGACGAGGCUGGGGUAAAGUCUGCAGCCCCAAGACCUGUGCCUGAGGGCACUGAUGGGAAGGGCCGCAACCAAGCCUGCGCUGUGCAGAGAGCGGAGGGGCCGCCGCCCCAGACUAGGCUCGGAGGCCAGGGGGCCAGAAAGGCUGGCCAGGGUGCGGCCGGCAGUGUGGUCUCCUGGCAGCGGCCAGGGUGGGUGGGGGCAGGCGUGGGCGCAGAAGCAGCUGCAGGGGCAGGUGAGCCUGCUCCGCGGACCCCCGCGGGCCAAGGCGGAGAACUCUCGGCUCGGCUCCGCUGGGGAAAACUCAUUUCACAGACCUUAUCCAGAACUUUGCAAUUAGAAAGAACUCAUAUUUUCAGCUCGUGGAACUUCUUCCAAAGUGUGUUAUUUGAAUCACACAUGGAUUUAGCCUCCAAGUCAGGAGGUGGGGGCCCAGAGGGCCCUUGCCCUGGGGUGUGUGUGCCCUCCUGGGUAUGUCUGGCACCGCAGGUGAAGCUAGAGCCCUGGAAGUGCUGCUCCUAGCUCUGACCUUUGUGCAUGUGACCUUGGGCCUCAGUUUCCUGCUUUACCAAGAAAGGAGUAGGGCUGGGUUUUCUGGCAGCCCUCUCGGCUGUGAACUCCCCAGGGGGGACCCGGUGAAGGCACCCGUCCUCCCACCCUUCAUCCACCCUGGCGAGGGCACAGAAGAGAAGGUGCAGGCUGUUGCUCUCUGGUUUUAUUAGGAUUUUACACAGAUUGGGAGUUGGGGAGGGUAUGUGGUACAGGGACUCAGUUGGCCUCCAGAACCUCAAGAACCCAGGGAAUAAACUCCGUGACUCGGGCGUACACGCCUGGAGAGAAUGGGAGGCACUGGCCACUGCCCCAGGACACGAUGCCCACCAGGGUCCAGGCGCCAUCCUUCUGGCAGACUAAGGGCCCGCCAGAGUCGCCCUGCAGGAGGCAAAAGGACCCGUUUCCAAACCUAAAAGGGGUGCUGGGGCCCUAGUGUGCCCUGACCUGGCUGAGUCCGGGUGUGGGGGUGGGCAGAGAAAUGGCACGUGACAGACACAGUGACCAGGCCCCAGAUACUUAGGUCUGGGCCAGGUGGCAGCCCCAGCUCUGCUACCUGCUCCCGGGGGGCCUGUGGCACGUGGCUCACCCUCCCAGCCUGAUGUCAUCUGUAAAACCAGCCAACAACAUCCCGCUCACAGGGUUGCCAUGAGGAUUAGAUGCCCCCGGGGUGGCCCACCAGGAGCGCGCCCUCCGUCACAGGCAUCUGUUGCUGCUGGUCCUGGCUUUGGCUGGGGCCCCAGGCAAGGAGUGAGGCUGAGUAGAUUGUGGUAGAAAGGAGCGGCCUGCUGGCCUGGCCAGGGGCGGGGCUGUGGUCAGUGGGGGUGGGCAGGGGGCCAGAGCGAGGCUCACCAUGCAAGAGGAGACGCCGCUGGCCCCGGCACAGACCAUCUCAUCAGCGAUCUUGCUGCCCCAGAACUUCUUGCAGUUGGUGUUGGACAGGAGGGGCAGGGCCGCCUGCUGCAGCUUGUCAGGGGUCUUGUUGGCUGGAGGGACAGGGGAGGCCACGAGGGGCCAGGGGCUCUCAUCCCAAACAGCAUUGCCCCACUAAAGGACAAGCUGGGGGAGCCGUGGCCUGGGCAGAAGAGCUGAGGACACUGGAGGAAGAAAAUCAGGCAGAGCGAGUAACCACAGAAGGUGAGACCAGGCCCCAGGCCAGACUGGACAUUUGACUCCCAGCCCAGACUUGCUGGUGAGCUUGACACACCCACCCUCCUCAAGUCUGGAGAGAAGUCCAGGCCAGAACAGGCUGCUGCUGGACUCGGUGCUGGUUGGUGAGGGAGGGCGGUACUUGCUGGAACUUAGGUGUUUCUUCAGAAACUUAUUGUUCAAGUCUAUACUAUUAAAUCUCAUCUUUAUUUAUGUUUGGUAGGUUUUUAAUUUAAGAGGGCUUUAAAUAAAGAAAUGGAGAUUUA